GGGAGUUUCUUUGUUUAUUUGAAUUUCAUCUCAUCGAUCUGAUUUGUAAAAGGACAUCUCAAGUUCUUCGUGAGGUCUUAAUGGCUUCUUAAUUCUUGAUACCUCGAUCUCUGAUAGUGUGAUGGUUGAAAGCUUUUCUGAUCAUCAUGGCUGCACCUUUCUUCUCUACGCCUUUCCAGCCCUACAUUUACCAGAGCCCACAAUCAGCUCUUAUACCCUUUCAAAUAUUGGGCGGUGAAGCUCAGAUUGUUCAGAUCAUGUUAAAACCGCAAGAGAAGGUCAUUGCAAAGCCUGGUUCCAUGUGCUACAUAUCUGGCUCCGUUCUGAUGGAAAACAUUUACCUCCCUGAAAAUGAAGGAGGGAUGUUGCAAUGGCUUUUUGGAAAGAGUGUGACUAGUAUAGUUCUCCUCAAUCCUGGUCCAAAUGAUGGAUUUGUCGGAAUUGCCGCACCUUCGCUUGCUAGGAUACUCCCGAUUGACCUGGCAAAGUUUGGUGGAGAAAUUCUAUGCCAGCCAGAUGCAUUUCUUUGCUCAGUCAAUGAUGUAACAGUCACUAAUGCAGUUGAUCAUAGGGCCCGUAAUGUUGUUGCUGGUGCAGAGGGAAUUUUGAGGCAGAAGCUCACAGGCCAGGGGCUAGCCUUCAUCGUUGCCGGUGGAUCUGUUGUACAGAAAAAUCUUGACGUGGGUGAAGUACUAAUUGUUGAUGCCUCUUGCAUUGUUGCCAUGACUGCUUCCAUUAAUUUCCAAGUAAAAUACUCUGGUCCCAUAAGGCGGGUGGUCUUUGGGGGUGACAACCUUGUUACAGCUGUUUUAACUGGACCAGGCAUAGUCUUCCUUCAGAGUUUGCCCUUCUUACGACUUUCUCAGCGCAUUGCAAGGGCGGUUACAUCACCAAACAUGAGAGAAAAUCCGAAGUUCAUCAUUCAAAUAGCUAUAUUUUUCUUUUUAGCAUAUGUUAUGAUUGUAUCAUCAUUUAUCUUGACAGAUGUCUGACUUAUUUUCUUUCUGUUCUUCCCCUUUACUCAUUUUGUUUUUUUUUUUUUUUCUCAUGUUGAUUAAUAGGUUGCAUUUUUCUUUUAAAUUUAGUGGAAGUAGCUAAGCAGGGUAGCUAUUUAUGAUUGUGACAUCAGUAGUGACUAAAAGUGUUUUUACUUUGGGGAAAGUUACCCCUGUUUCUCAAUAGAAAUUUGGAAUUGCCUAGCAGGAUUAACC